AAAGACCAGUUUUUGGCUCUCACGAACUGCGAAUACCGAAGUCGCUGUCAGUUACCAAUCGUAGCUUGAGUCGAGAGGAAAUAUCAGCCAGCCAUGAAGCAGUUUAUAGUUUUGGUCGUUUGUUUAUUGGGAGCCACCGCCAGGGCUGAUGUGUCCCAUUUGGUCACCCCGGAGCCAAAGGUUCCGGCCAGUCCGUAUGUGUUUAGCUACCAGGCUGGUCGAGCUCCCGGACAUGUGGAUCGCCAGCACACCGAGGUAUCCGAUGGAUCGGGCGUUAUUCGCGGGGCCUUCUCCUAUGUGGACCCCAAGAACCAGGUGCGCACCGUGCAGUAUGUGGCCGAUGAGCAUGGCUUCCAUCCCCAGCUGAGCCACAAACUGGAGGACAGUGCCGCUGUCCAGGCGGCCAAGAAAAGGCAUUUUGAGGCCUACAACCGAAUUGCGCAAGAGCAUGCCAGUCACACACCAGGCCAGGCAGCACUAGCUAACGCUCCGCAUGCCAGCGCCGCCGUUGCUCAUGCUACCCAAAAGCACCUGAACGCCUUCGAGCGGAUCGCAGCCGAGCACGCGGCCAUUGGACGCCAGCAGGAGGCUCAGCGUCUGGCACUGGCCGCCCAAUCCGAGCAUGGAGAUAUCGAAGAUGGUCAGUACCACCCGUAAGUGGUCUGCGACCAAACAGCACACUGUAUGACAUGAAAAUAAAGAGGAACUUUCCAGAAA